GGGAUAUAAAUGGAUAAACAAAGGUAAAGACUAAAAGAUGAUCAUUAGACAGAAAAAGAAAAAAAAAGGGAUUUGGUCGGAUAAAUUAAGGUAAAGAUAAACCAGAAAAUAGAAUUAAAAUAAAAUAGAUUGGAGAAAUUAAGGUUAACUAAGGUUACUUUGUCCCAAAAAGCCAUAUUUAUCGCUUCCAUCAGCGCCGGAUCAAUCUCUCUCCUAUCUCUGCAUCUCUCUCUCUCUUUCUGUGUAUAUAUAUGUGGAGCUUUCAUAUCAUAGACUCGUACCUCAAAACUCAAAAGUAAAUAACUUCUCCGUCUUUGGAAAAUGACUUCUCCUUUCUUCAUCGUUUUCCUGUUCUCGUCUCUUCUCAUGGGAAAUGCUGAUGCCAGCCCAAAUUACAGAGAAGCUCUCACCAAGUCAUUGCUCUUCUUCCAAGGUCAGCGAUCUGGUCGUCUCCCUAGGGACCAACAAGUCUCCUGGAGGGCUAGCUCCGGCCUUUCCGAUGGCUCCACCGCUCAUGUGGACUUAACCGGUGGGUACUACGACGCAGGAGACAACGUCAAGUUCAAUUUCCCAAUGGCGUAUACCACCACAAUGCUCUCAUGGAGCGCACUUGAGUACGGUAAGCGGAUGGGUCCCGAGCUGGAAAACGCACGUGUGAACAUCCGUUGGGCGACGGAUUAUCUGCUGAAAUGUGCUAGAGCCACUCCGGGAAAGCUUUACGUCGGGGUAGGAGAUCCUAACGUCGAUCACAAAUGCUGGGAACGGCCUGAAGACAUGGACACGCCUCGUACAGUCUACUCUGUAUCCCCUUCUAACCCCGGUUCUGAUGUCGCAGCUGAGACCGCAGCAGCUCUGGCUGCAGCUUCUAUGGUUUUCAGAAAAGUUGAUUCCAAGUACUCGCGUUUGCUGCUGGCAACAGCUAAGGACGUGAUGCAGUUUGCCAUUCAGUACAGAGGAGCUUAUAGUGAUUCCCUUUCUUCAUCCGUCUGUCCUUUCUACUGCUCCUACUCUGGUUACAAGGACGAGCUGAUGUGGGGUGCGGCGUGGUUGUUGAGAGCAACCAAUGAACCUUAUUACGAAAACUUGAUAAACUCUUUAGGAGGUGGAGAUCAGCCUGAUAUCUUCAGCUGGGACAACAAAUAUGCUGGUGCCUAUGUUCUUCUUUCACGGCGAGCAUUACUUAACAAAGACAGCAACUUUGAAACGUACAAGCAAGCAGCUGAGAAUUUCAUGUGCAAGAUCCUACCAAACUCUCCUUCUUCCUCUACACAAUACACUCAAGGAGGGUUAAUGUACAAGUUACCUCACAGCAAUCUGCAAUACGUGACCGCCAUAACAUUCUUGCUCACCACUUACGCCAAGUACAUGAAAUCCACGCGACACACGUUCAGCUGCGGAAACUCAGUCAUCGUCACCGACGCCUUGUUAAGCGUAUCGAAGCGGCAAGUGGAUUACAUACUCGGAGAGAACCCAAUCAAAAUGUCGUACAUGGUUGGAUUCGGACCCAAUUUCCCCAAGAGAAUCCACCACAGAGCAGCGUCUCUUCCUUCCCACGCACUUAGUUCCAAAUCCUUAGGCUGCAACGGCGGAUUCCAAUCUUUCUACACUCAGAACCCUAACCCGAACAUCCUCACAGGAGCAAUCGUAGGAGGACCCAAUCAAAACGAUGGGUAUCCAGAUCAGAGAGACGAUUACAGUCAUUCGGAACCGGCUACUUACAUCAACGCCGCCUUCGUCGGACCUUUAGCGUACUUCGCCGCCGGUAGAUCGGCUUGAAAUUAAAAAUUCGCCCACGCCGCCACUUCCUCCGAUAGUUCCUUUGUUUUGGGGAAAUGGUUAGUUAGAUCCGUUGGCCCAAGCCUAACGUGAAAAUCAGAAAAGGACAAGUAAAUUCAAAUGUAAAACUCUUAAUGGGCUAAGACCCAAUAGUAAUGGAUCCGAUAUAAUUAUUAGUCGUGGUAAGAUUAUGGGUUUAAAAUUAUUUAUAAACCGUGGGCUUUAAUUUGCUCCAUGAAAUUAGUCAAUGUUUUGAUUAUGUAAAACACUUAACUAUAUAAUAUAUAAAAAAAAGACUACAAUGUAGAA